UUCCCGGUGUAUUUCGCGAACCACGCGCUCUAGGCAUCUCUCUAGCAGCAGAAGCAGCAUCAGCAGGAUUGUUGUUUGCAUUUCUCUAUAAGCUGAGUGUGUGUUUGUGUGUGUACGUUGCGGACAGUGGCGCAACAAGUUGUUUUCAUUGAGUUAAAGCUAGCAGGAAUUAUCUGCCGCCGCCGUGUGUGGUUGUGUGGUAGUAGUUUCCCGAAUUCCGUGCCACAAUGGACUUAACGCUGCCCAGUGUAAUGGACUGAAGAAGCGCACCGUGAAAUUGGGUUAAUUUCGGUGAAAAGAGCACAGAAGAAAAGCGCUAUAUGCAAGCGAAAAGUUCACAGUGUGGUGAUUUUUAAGUUACAACAAAAAAAGGGAUUGGAGUUUAUUCGGCAGAAUAUUUGCUGGGACUUUGCACAGUGCAUGUGUGCGUUGAAAAGAGAAAAACAUUGUAGUAGGAAAAUAAUUGAGGCAGAGCCAAGUGCUUCACACAAAGGACUCAUCGAGACCUUUCUGUUGAUUGGAUUUUAGCAGUUGCCGGUCAGGAUACUUCAGAAGCCAAGAUAUCGUUCCGCAGCAAAUCCGGCCUCAAAGAGUCCGUCAUGAAGACGGAUGAAAAGACCAACGUACCGAGGGUACGGAUAGCGGUCCUCGGGAAUAUGAACGUCGGUAAAUCAGCUCUCACCGUGCGCUAUCUCACGCGAAGGUUCAUCGGUGAGUAUCGCUCGAACACGGACCUACUGUACAAACAAACGGUGACCCUGGACAGUGGCGUGCUGGACGUGGAAAUAGUGGACAUCUCGGCGGAAAACGAGAAUGAUUUCCCCGUGGAGCAGAUCCAGUGGGCCGAUGCAUGCCUUAUCGUCUACAGCAUCACGAACCGGGCCAGCUACGAGUACGCUCAGCGGUCGCUAGCCGAGCUACGCCAGUUGCAAAACUCACCGUCGGCCUAUCUGAUCGGGAACAAGGCCGACCUGGACCACUUGAGAGAGGUCCAAGAAACGGAAGGUGCCACCCUCGCCGCCUCGCAUGCCAUCGGCUUCUGCGAGGUUUCCGUCGCCGAUAACUCCCCCGCCCUGUACAAAGCCUUCGAACGGUUACUAAUCGAAUCCCGUGCCCGUCCCGUCAAGCCUCGAAAGUUCUCCGUCAGUAAAAUGUUUGGUACCCUCAUCGGUAACAACGGCACCCGACAGCCUUCGACCGCGGUGAGCCAAGGCACGGUCGUGCCGUGCCACAAGGGAGAACUGCACAAGUCCCGGGUGAUGAAACGACGACAGGCAUUUACCGCGACGGCAUCGCUAUGACCGACAUCGACUACGGCCGAGGACAGCAACUAAAGAGCAGUCGCGUGUGGCGACCACUUCAUCUACUACUGUCGGUCACCUACUCUUGUGUGCAUCUGAUGAAAGCAGCGAAGAGAAGGUAGUAUUAGUAUAGUAGCAGAAGCGAGCAGCAGCAGCAGCAGCAGAGUCGUUUAUAACAUACACUUCAUUGACUGACUGAAAAUUUGGCCGGUCUGCGGCGUCGGAAUGUGGCUGAACGCAAGCGACGACAUCAUGCCGCCGUGAGCGGCCCGGGUCAGCGUCGGUGAAAUGAACAAAAUGUGAUUUUAAUUUUAGCAUUCUCUCAAAUCCGCUGAAGAGCACACUUACCAAACACUAUACUGUAGGUAAAGACCGUCUUACUCAUCAUCUCCUCAAACUCUGUCGGUACUUAUCCUAGGUAGCAUCUUAAGCCAUCACGUGUACUCGCGUGGUACUACUUGUACUUGUAUAGAUCGGAACUCUCUUUAUCGUUUUAGAUGAGGAGGUGUUUAGUUAGUCCUAAUUAUUCAUUGUAAACCACAGGUCAGGAAAACAACGGCAAUGCUAGUGGGAGCAAGCGGGUGGAUCAUUAAAGAGCUUUGAAAAGCCAAUCACGGCGACACACCCCUCGAACUUAUUUUUUUUUUGCGAUGCGGGAAAAUACGGGACACAGUUCACAUCCUAAUUAUCGUUCCCCAGUGGGCAAGCCAUAGUGUCGACCGAACGACGGGAAAAUUUUCCAUGGCUUUUCGGUGCGACGUAGCAAGAAAUGAUUGGUCCUGGCAGCAGCACACCCCUGGUACCGGCCUCCAAGCGAUGUUUGUCUUUCGAUUAAUUGAUUGUUAUUUCGCUGUCGAUGUCGCGCUCUGUGUGGCACCAACCGCUUGGGUUGGCAAACAGAAUAUCGCAUUUCCAUCACCUCACCACCCACCGAAGACAAAGACCGACCGUGUGGCGGCAUUAUCGAUGAAGCGUCAGGCGCGUACUCAGGAGGUGUGCAAAAUUGCAAAUGCCAAAUUAGGAUUUAUUGUGUUGUAGUUAAUGCCGGGAAAACCCUGCACGCUUCUGGUAACGAGCGCGAUAACUGCAUGCUCAUAAACUACAGCGACUGCUCCGGUCCCACUAGCAUCCGUAGGGAAAUACCCGCCAAUCCCUCUGGUUAGCAAAAGUAGGAACCCCCGACUCAACACGCAAUUAAACAAUGUUUAAAUUACAUACACAAACACGCUAGAGCAGUCGAUUUGCACACACUUUUGUAAACCUACUUAAUUGUUUCGGAAAGUUUUCCUGCAGCGGCAGCAUCAUCAUCAUACACAAUAACGCCUGAACGGUUUCCGUGAAAUUGAUUGCCGUAUUACUAUGUACUACCGAUCCCAACCAGCAAAGUCCGUAGCCAAGGCCGUACAAAUCGCUCCAGGAUACAGAAGCUUUUUUUUCCGAACGGCCUAUCUAGCUUGUAACUUGUAGCCAAGGAAACAAAACACCCAAAUUUGUGAGUGGGUAGACAGCGGCGCUUUUGAGAAGACUAGGAAGCCAAAGCAAAACGGUAAACAAAAGUUGUACAUCUUAAGAUCAUCUACCGUUGAACCGCUACCAAGAUGGAUGGAUGUAUAGGUGGCACAGUAGUUACUCACGGUUGCCAUUAAUGUUCAUGAAAAGUUCACUAUUUUGCCAUAAACAGUGCCAAGACAAACAAACAACGGACGGAUUUGGAUCUGUUCCAUACGACCGAAAGGUGUAUGCUGGCCACAAUUGCCUUGCCAAAUUGAUUUCCUACACAAGUGUUUAAUCUUUGAUGUGAAUUUUGCGAAACACUAGGGGCAUUGGUUAUAGCUAAACUUGCCAUAUACAAUCGUCGUAGUUCAUUUUAGUAAACAAACUAACACUUCUUCUUUGUAUUAAGUGGCUAGGAACCGUCCGUCCAAUUUUCUCAUCGCAUCGCAUUUUCGUCGCCGUUGGGAAUUGGGAAUUUUGAAUUCUACUGAAAGUUAAAAAGUUUUAGCCUUUGAAGCCGAAAGUACUACGCAGCGACGUCACAGACAAUUAAUCCUCUUGGGAUGCGGUGCGUGUCUUGAGUUUGAACAUUUGUUUGUUUCUGAAAAUUUCGUUAGGUAAACACUGUUAACGCAGAGGGCGAACAGUUUUCCACCAAACUUCAUGGGAAAUUGCAAUUCAUUGUGUUGGCCUUUUCAUGCUCAAGACCACUAGAUUUUAAAUCUGAAGACAAAUGAAAUUAAUUGGAGCGGAGAACACCUUCUGCAAAACAUAGCGCAUAAAAUGAAAUUUCCCAGAAUUACUUACAUUAUCGACGCCUAUCGCUACCAGCUAAUCGAACAAGAAAAGUUUAAAUGCCAAAUAUGUUCGCUCACACAUUAGCAAAUUGCUGCACGCCUCUGCUUAAAAUUAUCUGUUUUCACGACGCAAUGGUUCCCGCAGUCGUGAAUAUUGGCUUUUCACAAUUUAUCGGAGCCUUUAACGGUUGGCAAGACUUCUAAGGAAGUGUUUCCUAAAUUAAUACCUAGUCUGAGUAGAGCACUGUGGAACAUAAUUAAAAUUGAUCCUUUUAUCCACUAUUUGUGACAGCCAGCGUAGAGCAUUCCAACGAAUUCAAAGUCUAUAAUUUGAACAUUGAACUUAAUUAUCAAAGCUGCAAAUAAGCAAGCAUUGGAGAAUACAUUCACUCGCAAGACCACAAAACUCGGUUGCUAAGUGACUCUACACCUUCACUCAGAGCUGACAACAGCAUAACCACCGGUUGGAAACUAACGAUUUAAAAUUGGCUCACUACUUGACUAGCCUAUUGGUCCCAAGUACAUCUAUAAUCAUUUAUAUUCUAGUCGAAAUUCUAGUACUACACUAUGUUUGUUUUGAUUCGCUAUGAAAGUUUUACAUCAAAUUUGGGGAAAAAAAUUAGAAUAACUUACAGGUCAAAAACUGUUUUCAUAAUUGAUUUUAUUCAGAAACAUUAAAUAUUUCAGCAAAUACAUUAGUUAGAAAGUUAUACUUCAGUAAAGUUGUUUAUAUUAAUGAUCUCUACCACUUUGCUGAACACAACAAGCCUCUAGCUCACAUUUUACAAAAAAUCAUUUGUCCAUCUCACUUGUAGGGGGAUUAAUCGCUUAACUGCUUAUACCCUGGGCGAUGCGAAGACAGACCCCAAAAUUGAACCCAUCCCGAGCUGUCAAAUCGAACCAAUCGUUUACUAUCCCGGUAUGAUGAAACAAAUACAAGUAUUGCAGUCCUUCAAUAUUAAACAUAAUCAAGCUCACCUCGAAUGGGAAAAUUCAUUUACUCGCGCCACAGAAACUGAAAUCCUCACCUACAAAAAGAUUGCCGAACGAGUGUAAAUUCGACAGUGAGCAUGCAUAAGGGCCUAUACGCGAUGAUCGAUUCUCUUCGUCGAUUUUCUCUUUUGUUAAUAACUCGCUAGAUUUAACGUUUCUCGUUGCGUUUGCUGUUGCUUUUGAUAGCCAAUACAACCUGUUACUACUCUGCAUUGAACAAAUUCUAGAAAAUUGUUUCGCUCAGCUGUAGCAAUGCAAAGAGAAAGUCGAUGAAGAGAAUCGAUCAUCGCGUAUUCGCCCUUAUGAAUGCUCACUGUCGAAUUCUUCACACCAACUGACUCUGCAAGUAGACUCGGAACUGACAGCAGUAGAAGGAAUGAAGGAAAAGCUGAAAGGCAGCCAAACAAGUUUCUGUACCGAGGGAGAACCCGAUUGAAAGCGUUAAAACCGGACGCUAACGAUUUAAAUAACCGAGUGAUAUAUUUUUUAGCUCAGUGAUUUAAAUCAGUUGAAUUGACCACAGCAGUUUUACAGUAUUUGCGUGAUGCUUACGUUUAUGUGUUACAGUAUAAUAAUAAUAAGUGAAUAAUAUUCCACACCACUACACUCAAAAUCAGUUUAACAGUUUGCAUGCAUAAGGGCGUAUACGCGAUGAUCGAUUCUCUUCAUCGAUUUUCUCUUUGCAUUUUCUAGAAUUUGUUCAAUGCAGAGUUGUAACAGGUUGUAUUGGCUAUCAAAAGCAACAUCAAACGCACUGAUAAACGUUAAUUCUAGCGAGUUAUUAACAAAAGAGAAAAUCGACGAAGAGAAUCGAUCAUCGCGUUUACGCCCUUAUGCAUGCUCACUGUCAAGUUCUGUGUUUAGCUCGAUUCUGCAUUCAUCAAAAAAAAAAUAGAAUCAAUGAGAAUACGCACAACAUCAGUGCGGCUCGCACAAGCUACUACUCGUUUCUGAUGUUGCAUGCAUAUGAGUAAGUAAUAAAUGCACAAUGAAACAAUUUUUCCCAUGCUUGUCUCUAAUCAGUCUAUUUAAGGGGAA